AUACUCCACAUUCUACUUCCUAAUACCUUAUGACCACAAUGAUUUAAUGUAACGUAGCACGCCAUGUAUUUAUUUAUUGAAGGUCUGAAAUUGGUUAGAUCUAGUUUUAUCCGGGUGAAAGGGAUUCAAACAGCUUAAUAUAUGAAAAACACUAUUUUGUCUGCGGAGUUCGGAGUUUCCAACGUGCAUGGGACGUUGUUCCAGAUAGCUGUCCGUUUAUAUUUUUGAAGGUAUCGUUUGUUUUGAGGUAUUGGUACGGAGACUGAGACUGAGAUUCAGUAUUAUGUCUGUUGGCUCAGAGACUAGUACUAAAAUAUCAGUUUUUGUUUCCAAAAUUUCAGUAUUUUAAUACUUCCAAAAAGUGGAGACACAGGAGACUGAAAUUUUUAAAAACAGAGAUUGAAACUUUAAUAAUAUUUUAUAUCUAAAAUACUUCCAUUUCAAUUAAUUAAUUUCAACUUUAUCCUUUGUGGAAAUUAAAUUAGAGCUUUAUUCUUAUUUCAGUAGUUGUCUUUCAUUCUACACCAAACACAAUACUAAGAAUUAUUUCAGUUUCUGUCUCUGACUUUCUUCCAAAUGCUACCUUCUCUUUUUGCCCUAUUUUCUACUUCUUCUAGUUAGUUUUAAUUGCAUUUUAUUUUCAUUUUAGUAAUUAUACAUGGUUUGGUUUAGUUAUUUGUUAAUUAAAUAAAUUGUAAGCAUUUGAUUGAUGUUGAUUGGGUUGCUUCUUGCUUAAAAUGUGGCUUAAUUUUUAUGAAUACGUGCACUAAGCAUUAAGUCUUUGUGUGAUUGCCUAAAUGAAUUGUGAGUUUGAUUCAUAUGUUGUAGCUACCAUAUGCAUUAGACUAUAUCCUUGUUUGGCAACUUAACAAUGAAUUGUGCACUUUUACUUUAGUAAAUUGAGUUGAAAUUAUUUGUUCAUCAUGAUUUUCAUAUCAAAUUCAUCACAUGACCAGUACUUAUUUUUUGUUAAUGCUUUGCAUUUGUUUGAGUGAUUUAACUUGAUUUUUAUCAAGUUUGUCACUUUUUGCAACAAGUACAUUUACCAUGUGACUAUUCCAUUAUGUUUCACGAUGAAUAAGUAGUUUUCUUUUCAUCAUUGGAUUGAUUAUUGUUUAUUGUGCUUUUAUACCUGGUUUUUAAUUUGAAUAUGGAAUGAAAGGAGGUGUUGGACUCGCAUAUGGGGAGGAGAGGUGCUUCACCUCGUUGUGGGAUCAGAUGAAGCUCAAAUCGGACCCUGCGAGUUGCGUCCCUCAAAACGGACGGUCCGAGUUGCGUGUAUUAAAACGCACGGUCUGUGUUGUAGCAGGGAGGACAGGUGUCGCGCAGAGAUUUCUCCCCGAACGGUGGAUUGCACCCAACAUAGCCCCACACUCACCAUCCGAGUUAUCACUUUCACCGUUCACUCUGAAUUUCACUUUCACCCUUCUUCAUUUCUCCAUUCUUUGAAGCUUUGCAUGGUGGAAGUAGAGUAAAAAUGCCCAAAAAAUAAAAAAUUAAAUAUGUAAAUCGACCUGAGCUUCAUAUUAUACACUAUCUCAGUCAUUCUGAUUAUAAAUUAAGAAUGUUGACAUGUGACCACCCAGUUCCUCCGGAUCGGUACAAGUGUACAACGAUAGGGUGAAGGAGCAUUUACGAGUUACUGGUUUUUAUCAUGCAUCUUAGAUUAGGGUAGUCCAAUGUCAAAAAGUACUGGUGAAUGCUCUAAUCGAACGGUGGCACCCAAACACACAUACGUUUCACCUUCUCAUUGGUGAAUGUGCCGUGACUCUUGAAGACGUGGCUCUAAUUCUUGGUCUUCCGACGGACGGUCUGCCAGUCACAGGGAUGACACUGAAUAGUUUCGAAGCCUUGGAGGCGGAGUGUUUGCUUCAAUUUGGAGUUGCACCGCGUAAGUCGGACUGUAGAGGAAGCUGCAUAAAACUGACGUGGCUGCAGAAUCUAAAAGACUGAUGAGAACAGUAUACAGAGGUAUGUGAAGUGCCAUAUUAUGUUGCUGAUAGGGACGAUCUUAUUUGGGGAUAAAUCUGGGGCAGGUGUGCACUGGAAGUUUCUACCCUUGCUACGUGAUUUUGGCAGCAUUGGACAGUACAGUUGGGGAUCGGCAUGCCUAGCACACCUCUACAGGGCGUUAUGCCGGGCAUCUCGGUUUGACUGUAAGGAAAUCAAUGGUCUUCUAACACUUCUGCUCUGUUGGGCUUGAAUCCGACUGCCAUAUCUAUCGCCGCUUCCUAUGGAACCCCGCAGUUUUCCACUAGCAAACAGGUGGCGUAACUGGGAGCGCGGUGACCGACAAUAUAGAUAUCUGACGCUAGCUCACUUUAGGAAGGCCUUUGAUGAACUUCAGGAAGGCCAGUUUGUGUGGGUUGCUUAUGCUGUGGAUCGCGUGGAUCCGAACAUAAUUCCUGCCAAAAUCUACAUGCAGUCCGUUGUCUGGAGCGCUACAGUGCCGUUGGUGUCAUUCGAAUGCAUCGAGUGGCAUGCCACCGAUAGGUAUAGGCGACAGUUUGGUUUUGUUCAGGGAGUACCUCAUCAGGAACGGAAUCUGGACAAGGCGCACGGAGAAGUCCUGACUGGUCCUAAAAAUCUUAACUGGGCCACGGCACCAAGUCAUUCAUUUUGGGUGAUGCAUUGGACAAACAGGUAUAACCACAUUCUUACUGAGCUUCCCAUGCCUUCACAGCAUCCAUUGGAUACUUACAUGUACUGGUACCGAACAAAAUUUGGGGACCGCUUGAACCUGUCGAAUCUUGUGGUUGAAGAGAAUGAUGAGGGUAAUCAGGAUAUGGAUGAUGAGAAUGAAGAGCAGGAGCCAGAGUUGCCGCCACCAUCACCUCCAAAUCCGCUUCCACAAGAACAGCCUCUGUCCUCAAGCCAGUAUGUACCUCAGACACAGGUCACCCCGCCGUUUCCAAUACAUCAACAAUAUUGGGGUAUGUCACAGUUUGAACCAGGAGAAGGAGGUUCCUUUAGCCAGUUGCAUGGGUUCAUGGCUGCAGAUGCAGGACAAUCACAAUAUGGCCAUCAGCCUGAGUUCAUGACAGGUAAGUAUUCAUUGGAUGCGAGGCUUCCGUGCCAUACCUCGUCGGUUGCUUCUGGAGGGUUCGUAUCUGUUGACUCCAGUAGGAGUGACGGUGGACGCAGAAUUCUUAAUAAUCAAAACCCUAACCAUGUUUCCAUGAGACUCAUUGAAGAAAAUGCUAACACACUUGAGCAAGAGACCGAUGCGUAUCUAGUAGAUGAACCGGAUGACGAGGACGAGGAUGCGGAGGAUGAAAUAGAGGAGUUCGAUGAGGAUGAAGAAUCCCGUAAUGAUGGUCAGACACGUAUUCCGGAUGACACCGUCAAAGGUUACAAUCUGAGGGUAGAUCCGCCACGUCAUAGCGCUAAUUGGUACACUCUAUCUGUGUUUAAAAAAGCCGCCAAAAAAUGCAAGAGCUUUGUGAAGGAUGUAAAGUGGUCAAUGAGAAAGUAGUUGUUGUGUAAUGAACUUAUUUAUGUAUUAAUGAUGUGGACUAUGUUUAGAUUACUUUGUAUAUCUUGGACAAUAUGUAUUGAUGAUCUGGACUAUGGUUAGAUUACUUUGUAUGUUUGGAUUAUGUAUGUAAUAAUGAACUUAUUUAUGUAUUAAUGAUC